GUGAGUGCAGGCCGGCUGGCUCGCCCGGGGACCAUGGCUGCGGCGGCGGCUGCAGCGGAGGGGGUCCCGGGUCGGGGUCCUCCCGGGGAAGUGAUUCAUCUGAAUGUGGGGGGCAAGAGGUUCAGUACCUCUCGCCAGACUCUCACCUGGAUCCCAGACUCCUUCUUCUCCAGUCUUCUGAGCGGACGCAUCUCCACGCUGAAAGACGAGACCGGAGCGAUCUUCAUCGACAGGGACCCCACCGUCUUCGCCCCCAUUCUCAACUUCCUGCGCACCAAAGAGUUGGACCCUAGGGGUGUCCAUGGUUCCAGCCUCCUCCACGAAGCCCAGUUCUAUGGGCUCACUCCUCUGGUUCGACGCCUGCAGCUGCGGGAGGAGUUGGAUCGAUCUUCCUGUGGAAAUGUCCUCUUCAAUGGUUACCUGCCCCCACCAGUGUUUCCGGUGAAGCGGAGGAGCCGGCACAGCCUGGUGGGACCCCAGCAGGUAGGAGGGCGCCCAGCUCCUGUUCGCCGGAGCAACACGAUGCCCCCUAACCUGGGCAACGCGGGGCUGCUGGGCCGGAUGCUGGAUGAGAGGGCCCCUCCCUCUCCAUCAGGGCAACCCGAGGAGCCGGGGAUGGUACGGCUGGUCUGCGGACACCACAACUGGAUCGCUGUGGCCUAUACCCAGUUCCUUGUCUGCUACAGGCUGAAGGAAGCCUCUGGCUGGCAGCUGGUGUUCUCCAGCCCCCGCCUGGACUGGCCCAUCGAGCGCCUGGCGCUCACAGCCCGCGUGCCCGGCGGCGCCUUGGGCGAACACGACAAGAUGGUGGCCGCAGCCACGGGCGGCGAGAUCCUGCUGUGGGCCCUGCAGGCAGAAGGCGGUGGCUCGGAGAUAGGGGUCUUCCAUCUAGGGGUGCCAGUGGAGGCCUUGUUCUUUGUGGGGAACCAGCUCAUCGCCACGAGCCACACAGGGCGCAUCGGGGUGUGGAACGCUGUCACUAAGCACUGGCAGGUGCAGGAGCUGCAGCCCAUCACCAGCUACGACGCGGCCGGCUCCUUCCUCCUCCUGGGCUGCAACAACGGCUCCAUCUACUACGUGGACGUGCAGAAGUUCCCCCUGCGCAUGAAGGACAACGACCUCCUGGUCAGCGAGCUGUACCGCGACCCGGCGGAGGACGGGGUCACCGCCCUCAGCGUCUACCUCACCCCCAAGACCAGCGACAGCGGGAACUGGAUCGAGAUCGCCUACGGCACGAGCUCCGGGGGCGUGCGGGUCAUCGUGCAGCACCCCGAGACGGUGGGCUCGGGGCCCCAGCUCUUCCAGACCUUCACUGUGCACCGCAGCCCGGUCACCAGGAUCAUGCUGUCCGAGAAGCACCUCAUCUCAGUCUGUGCAGACAACAACCACGUGCGCACGUGGUCCGUGACCCGCUUCCGGGGCAUGAUCUCCACCCAGCCCGGCUCCACCCCGCUCGCCUCCUUCAAGAUCCUGGCUCUGGAAUCGGCCGACGGCCAUGGCGGCUGCAGCGCUGGCAACGACAUCGGCCCCUACGGCGAGCGGGACGACCAGCAGGUGUUCGUGCAGAAAGUGGUGCCCAGCGCCAGCCAGCUCUUCGUGCGCCUGUCAUCCACGGGCCAGCGGGUGUGCUCCGUGCGCUCCGUGGACGGCUCGCCCACCACCGCCUUCACCGUGCUCGAGUGCGAGGGCUCCCGGCGGCUCGGCUCGCGGCCGCGGCGCUACCUGCUCACCGGCCAGGCCAAUGGCAGCCUGGCCAUGUGGGACCUGACCACCGCCAUGGACGGGCUCGGCCAGGCCCCUGCGGGUGGCCUGACCGAGGAAGAGCUAAUGGAGCAGCUGGAGCAGUGUGAGCUGGCCCCCCUGGCCUCCUCGCGGGGCUCCCUCCCCAGCCCCUCGCCCCGCGCCUCUCUCACCAGCCUACACUCAGCUUCCAGCAGCACCUCCCUGUCGGGCCGCCGCGGGAGCCCCAGCCCCCCGCAGGCAGAGGCCCGGCGACGAGCCGGAGGCAGCUUCGUGGAGCGGUGCCAGGAGCUGGUGCGGAGCGGGCCAGAGACCCGACGGCCACCGACCCCAGCCCCUCGGCCCUCCACGGGGCUCGGGGCACCCCUCACGUCCCCCAAGAAGCAGCUCAAUGAAACCUCCUUUUGAACACAGUGAGUGCCUUCGGAGACCUCGGUCCCGGGGAACUCAGUGCUUCCCUGCUUCCUCCCGGGGCCCUGGGUUCGGGGCCAGGGUCUCCUUGGAUUGGUCAUUGUUACUGGAACCCCACUGCCCCCUUCUGUGGGAGCCGCUGUCACCUCAAAUAAAGUCCUCAC